AUGGUGGCUGCAAAGAAGAUGAAAAAGUCUCUGGAGUCAAUCAACUCUAGGCCCCAGCUUGUUAUGAAAAGUGGAAAGUACGUGCUGGGGUAUAAGAGGACUCUAAUGAUGAUCAGACAAGGCAAAGCGAAGUUGGCUAUCCUUGCCAAUAACUGCCCAGCUUUGAGGAAAUCUGAAAUAGAGUACUAUGCCAUGUUGCCUAAAACUGGUGUCCAUCACCACAGUGGCGAUAACAUUGAACUGGGCACAGCGAGUAGAAAAUUCUAUAGAGUAUGCACACUGGCUGUCACUGACCCAUGUGAUUCUGAUAUUAUUAGAAGCACGCCAGAACACACUGGUGAGAGUGCUGAAAAAUCUGCUUCGUUUCAGGGGAAAAAAAGUAAAAAGCUUAAUUGUUUCCUACAACUUCACUUUUCAGUCUGUUCUGAGGAGAGUGUCCUCACAGAGGGUGUGCUGACUUCAUCACCUCCAGCACUCCUGGAUGUGGCCGCAAAUGGGAUAUUGGCAGGAACAGAUGCUGAAAACAGCUUCCCUCCCAUCUGGAGGUUUCAGAGACUGAAGAAGCUCACAGAUGAUGGAGCUCCUGUUCCUGAUUCUGUUCUUUCCCUCCUGCUCCUGUACUAUGGCCAAGCUAUCCAGCUCUCCCUGCCCAGGGUUGCACACAUCAAAGUGCUGCUCUCAUCGGGUGUCUGA